CUCGUGACGGCCUGUCCGGGUUCCUGGAGACCGGCUGCGAUGAAAGCGGCGACGCUGUCGGUGGUGCCGCCGACGACAGUGCAGUCACUUGGAAAGCCGUGCGAUUGCACCAAAGAGGGGGACACACAGCCAUUAGGUUGACCAGGCUCGAUGACGUGCGUCGGAAGGACAUCUCGGUAUGUAGAGGGGGAGGACUCGGAGGGAGAGGGGCAGCCC